CCCCCGCGCGGCCCCCGGGCCCGGGGCGGGGCGCGGCGCGGGCGGCAGCAUGGUGGAGAAGCGCGGCCCGCUGCAGAGGGACGGCGUGUACCGCUGGUUCUCGGAGCUGCCGUCGCCGCAGCGCGUGGAGUUCCUGUGCGGCCUGCUGGACCUGUGCAUCCCGCUGGAGCUGCGCUUCCUCGGCUCCUGCCUGGAGGACCUGGCGCGCAAGGACUACCACUCGCUGCGCGACUCGGAGAUCAAGGCCAACAACCCGGCCGACCUGGGCAGCCUCACCAACCUCACCGACGAGGUGGUGCGCAGCAAGCUGCUGGUGUCGCUGGCGCUGCUGGGCUCGGAGCAGCGCGAGGCGGCGGGCGUGCUCUACCGCACGCUCACGCACAUCGACUCCAUCAUCCACAACUACGGCCUGCAGCUCAACGAAGGCCGCACGGGCGAUGAGUUCCUGCUGCUCUUCACCAUGGCCUCCAACCACCCGGCCUUCAGCUUCCACCAGAAGCAGGUGCUGCGCCAGGAGCUCACGCAGAUCCAGAGCAGCCUGAGCGGCGGCGGCGGCGGCGGCGGAGGAGGAGGAGGGGGUCCCGGGGGUCCCGGGGGCAAGAGCGCGCCCACCUGCCCGGCCUGCCACAAGAUUGCUCCCAGAACUGAGACCCCAGUCCACAGUAACAGUCUGCAGAACGCCCUGCACACAUCAGCACAUUCCACGGAGGAUUCGCUACCCAAGAGGCCUCUGGGAAAGCACAGCAAAGUGAGUGUUGAAAAGAUAGACCUGAAGGGCUUGUCACACACAAAAAAUGACAGGAGUGUUGAAUGUUCCUUUGAGGUCUUGUGGUCUGAUUCGUCAGUCACGUCCGUAACCAAGUCCUCCUCAGAAGUGACUGAGUUUAUUUCAAAGCUGUCUCAGCUUUACCCUGAAGAGAAUGUGGACAAGCUCAUUCCUUGCCUGGCUGGCUCAGAUCCCUUCUAUGUGGAGCGCAGCCACGUGGAUCUGGAGGCGGGCCUGAGAUACUUGGCUUCAUUACCUUCUCACAUUUUAAAAAAUGACCAUGUUAAGAAAUUUUUCAGCACUUCAUCUCCCACCCAGCAGCUUCAGAGUCCAAGUCCCGGCAACCCCUCUCUUCCUAAAGUUGGUGCCAUGAUGGGUGUGUCCGGAAGGCCCGUGUGCGGCGUGGCUGGCAUCCCGUCCUCGCAGAGCGGCCCUCAGCACCACCUGCAGCACUCGGCGGGCGUGGCCGCCGCCUUGCCCCACUGCCCCCACGCGGGGGGCGCGGGCCCGGCGCUGGCCUACCGGGCCCAGGUGGACACCUCACCCACCAUCCUCGUGCCGCCCAGCCUGCAGGCCCCCCAGCCCCCGGAGCAAAACGGAAUCUUAGACUGGCUGAGGAAGCUGCGCUUGCACAAGUACUACCCCGUCUUUAAGCAGCUCACCAUGGAGAAGUUUCUGAGCCUUACUGAGGAAGAUUUGAAUAAAUUUGAGUCCCUUACCAUGGGAGCAAAGAAAAAACUCAAGACUCAAUUGGAGCUAGAAAACUCCUGUCUCGCUCUGUUUCACAGGGAGAAGUCUGAGAGGCGGUGCCUGAGCUCCGCGGCCCCGCCCGCGGUCCCCAGCAGUGGAGUGGCACGAGUACCCCCGACCAGCCACGCGGGGCGCGGCAACCACACCGCAGAGCUUCGGGUGGAGGUGGAGCCCCCCCCUCGCCAAAUGCCCCGGGAAGGCAGCUCCUCCGAGUACUCCAGCUCCUCCUCCAGCCCCAUGGGGGCGCAGGCGCGGGAGGAGAGCUCUGACAGCGCCGAGGAGAACGACAGACGUGUGGACGUGCAGGCUGAGGGCGACAAGGAGAAGCCCGUGGUGCUGCUGAGCCACUUCCCCGCCAACUCCGCCAGGCCCACGGCCCAGGUUCUGCCCGUGCAGAACGAGGCCGGCUCCAGCCCAGCGGGCCACCCCCCCCUGCCCCCCCAGCUGGUGCCCACCGCCACGCACCUGGCGCCCGUGCGGAUGCUGAGCGCCGUGCACAAGCCAGACCGCGGCGGCGCCGACAUGAAGCUCCUCUCGUCUUCCAUGCACUCCCUUCUGUCUUUGGAGGAAAGGAACAAGGGGCCCGGCCCCCGGGGAGGGGCCAAAGCGGACAAGAACCUGGGCGGCGCAGCACUGGACGCGCUGCCCGCGGCGGCGCCCCACCCGCCCGUGCAGGUCCUCGCGGGACUCGCCGAGGGCAGCUCCGCCUCGGCCACGGUCUCCUUCGGGCCUCGGGCCAAAGUGGUGCCCGCCGCCGCCCUGGACAGGGUGCUGAAGGCCGCGCCGCCGCCCGCCCUGGCGGGGGAGGCCAGCGCGGCCGCGGCGGGGACGCCGGGCGCGGUCCUGCACGUGGCCCGGCCGCCCCUCAAGCUGCUGCUGUCGCCCUCGGUCCCCGCGGAGGCCGCCCCCGGGCAGACCUCCUGCCCCAACAGUGUGCAGAUCAGCGUGGCCCCGGCCAUCAUCAACCCCCGGACCGCGCUGUACACAGCCAACACCAAAGUUGCCUUCUCCGCCGUGAGCAGCGUGCCCGUGGGGCCCCUGCAGGGCAGCUUCUGCGCCAGCAGCAACACUGCCUCCCCCAGCAGCCACCCCUCCACGUCCUUCGCCAGCCUGGCCACGCUGCCCAGCUGCCCGGCGCCCAGCUCCAGCCCUGCGCUCUCCUCGGGCCCCGAGAACACCUUCUACGGCGGCGGCGGCGGCGGCUCCACCGGAAACAUUCCUCCCUCCAGCCAGAGCCACCACCACCACCACCACCCCCCGCAGCCCCCGGCGCCCGCGCCCGGCUGCAUCGUGUGCACGUCCUGCGGGUGCAGCGGCAGCUGCGGCUCCGGCGGCCUGACGGUCAGCUACGCCAGCUACUUCCAGCACCCGUUCUCGGGCCCGUCCGUGUUCACCUUCCCCUUCCUGCCCUUCAGCCCCGUGUGCGGCAGCGGCUACGUGGGUGCGCAGCAGUACGGCGGCUCGGGCUUCCCCGUGGUGCACGCCCCCUACGGCGGCAGCGUGACCCCGGAGCCCGUGCUGGGCGGGCAGUCGACCUUCGCCGUGCCGCCCGUGCAGAACUUCAUGGCCGGGACCGCGGGGCUCUACCAAAGCCAGGGCCUGGUGGGCACUAGCAACGGCUCCAGCCACAAGAAGAGUGGGAACCUGUCUUGUUACAACUGUGGGGCCACGGGCCACCGCGCUCAGGACUGCAAGCAGCCGUCCAUGGACUUCAACCGGCAAGGUACUUUCAGGUUGAAAUAUGCUCCCCCGGCAGAAAGUCUGGACUCCACAGACUGAUAUUUUUCUCUGGCAACAGAACACUAUUAAGCCAUGGAGACCUAAGGAAAAGUAAAUGCAAAGCGGAGAAGUCUAGUUGCUGUUGAGCUUACUACUUUUAAUCCAAAGGUGCUUUAUUUUACUAGACUGGAUAGAAAAUCGAGCGUAGAAGUGCAUCCCACUCAAUGUUAUUGCCAAAAUCCUAGCUGGGAGCCGUGUCAGGACUUGCCCCGGGUCCCGCGGAGCCUCGCCUCGCCUCGCCUCGCCGCUGCUCCCUCCAGGCUCACACUCAACUCCAGGGCAGCUACGCAACCCAGGCGGAGCCCGAGCCCCCGGCGCGCCGCGGCCGGGCUGGGGAAGAUGUCUGUCUGUCUGUUCUGUUUUCUCCUAAAGCGGUGAGGCACUAAUCUCUGGGAUUCUAAGGAUUGCACUACAGAGGAAUGUACCUGGCAGCGGCCGUCUGCACCGUGCGCACGCGCAUGCGCUCCGGGACACAGACGCCCCUGAGAGCGGUCGGGGCCAGGCUCCAGAUGCGACUCAGCGUCACCACCAGCAGGCCGCUCGACGGGGCGCACCGCACCGCACCGCAGACGCAUUAGUACGCCCUUCCCUUCUUCAAGCACUUGUAGCAAUUCCAGGCUUUCCAUUUUUUCCCCCUGAAAAUAAAUAAUAAACCCUACAAUAAUAAAUAGGAAUAGUUCACUUUCAACAACUUCCUUUCUAAGGGUCCAAAGACCAUCGCUCGGCCGCCUGCCGGCGGCUCUGAACCUGUCCCGUCCACCGCCGCCGACCAGACCAACCCCUGCGGGACACCGGACGCCCGGCGGUGGGAGCGGUCUGUGCCGGAUGCUACUGGCUGUGCGGAAAGCUGGCGAGCUUUGUGCCCCACGGGGCUCCCCACGGACGGGGUCUCCGAGGCACAGACCUGUCAACAGUAAUACCACCCUGCGAUUUGUAAGCGGAAGAUUUGAAACUUUCUCCUGUCAACUUCUUUUGUAUUAAGCUGUGUAUUUAUAGUUAAUUCCGUUAAAAAAAAUGGCCUAGAAAACCAGUAGAAGAGAUAAGACUCGGGGGAGCCGCGCGGCCCAGCAGCACGUGGGUGCAGCCCGCCCGCCUGCCCUCCGCAGGAAAUCCCAGGCCGCGGGUUUCUGCUCUUCCCACGGGGACGGAAGCUUUUUGGUUCAGAAUUUAGGGACUGAAGUCUUCAAGACGAAAGGGAAUUUUCUGCUCAACAUCUGAAAUGCUGAAGCCUUCGCUGUUGAAACACUGACUGGUGAGGUCUUCCCCGGAGUUUUCCACUCGAAUAUGCAUGGAGAAGAGAACGACGGCUUUCAGACCAUUCGUUCUUCAGACGGACAAUCAGCGGCAUGCCAAAUUGGUGUGAGUCAAGAGAAAGCCCUGGAAGGCCUGUGGUGCACUAACAAAGCAGGAAGUUGUUACAUUUUUUAUGAAGGCUUUUAGUAGAGUUUUGUAGUCUUCUUUUAGUAGUUUUAUUUCUAUGCAAUGCAGAAUUGACAGCCCUGUGUUUCCUGUCACUGGUACAGUGCUCCACGCGGCUCUGAAGGGCGGGCGUGGGCCCAGCUGAGCACCGGAGGCCCUCGGCGUGGCGCGUGGCACCGCGGCGCGCGGGCAGGACCCGACUGACACAACUUUGCCUUAAAGAGUCCCGGACUGGAGUGUGUCGUGCCGUGUUCUUAAGGAAGACCCGGAGUGUCCAUUGAUGUUUACGAUUUUAAUAUUUCUGAAGGCCGUUUCAGUGGCCUGGAUAUGUGCUGAAAGCCAAACUUUUAAAUUUUUUGGUUUUUUUAAACAAAGAAAUAUUUUAAAUAAAUCCUAUUUCAACACAGUGAAAUUGUUGGAAACUGUCUCAUAGCAAAAGAAAAAAGUCAUAUUUAAGUUUUUUGUCUUAGUGGUCAGCAUCGAGGAAUGGAAGUGUCUGUUGUUAGCCCUCUAAGUAUUUUGAUAUUAGAAGUUAACCGUAAAUCCCGCAAACAUUUCCAACAGAAGCGUGCAUUCAGAGCGGAGGUCCUGGGUCCCGCGGGCCGAGAAGCGCGCGCGGAGGGCGGCCGGCCCGGGACCCGCCGCCAGGAGCUUCGGAACCGCGCCGGGGACUUAGCAGACUUGCCGGCAGUGUGCGCUGGCCCCGCCGGAUGGCUUUCUCUCUGGAAGCAGCCAGUCAGCGGGCUCAGGGCGGAGACCCCGCCGCGCCCCGCCCGUGGUUCCCAACACGGCUUCCGGAGACUGCUCUCCAUCUCCACGCUCGGCUCCGCCGGCCUCGCCUGCUCCAGUGUGUGGGGUGCACAGAACACAGUGUUGGGAUAAAACAGCUAUUUUGCUUUGUUUUUUUAACCAAAAUAUUCAAUUUACCUUAUUUUCUAAUUUUUCCUCCAUGGUAAUACUGAAGAUCGGGAAGCAUUUCAUGCUAGAACUCCUACUUGCGGAAGAGCACAGGGGAGCGGAGCUAGCACCUAGCAGUACUUCUGAAAGCCGGCGUGUCGGCGGCUGGAGCGGCGCGAAGGCCCCGCCUCGGGCCCCGCCUCGGGCCCCGUGCGCCAGGUGCCCCCAGGGGCAGGACCUUGGCCCUGGGUCACCUGCUGCCAAGAUUCCACCAGCACGGCCUCUCUCGCACCCGUGGCUCCAGCCUUCCAGCCACUCUCCUGCUCUGCGUCUGGUCUUCUGCCAUGCUGGCUUCACCCCCGGUGGCGGCGGCCUCGCCUGCUGAGGGGUAAAGGCUGCGGGGGACCGGCCUCCUGAGCCUCCUCCCGGCCCUCCCGCAGGACGCAUGCCCCGUGGAGGCCGAGCUGGCUCCCCAAGGACGAGCCACGGGGCCCCAAAGGCCCGGGGUCCGGUCCCAGUGGAAGUGGGCGUCUUUGGUCAACACUUGCAAUACUCUAGAACACCAUAUACUGUGCUGAUGGAGGCCAAAGGUCCAGGUCACGCAGUGCUCCCCAGGGGGCAGUGCCCCCCAGCCCCGCCCAGCCUUGAGCGGGCGCAGGGGAGCCCCUGGGAGCCGGGUCGGUCCCCACGUGCACGCGAGCACACCAAGCAAGGCUUCCGCACCGAGACGGAACCUCCCCGGCCCUGCUGGACACGGUUUCUUUUGAGGAAUGAAGGGAAAUCCUCCCAUUUUUGAGCCAUUCUUUGGUCAAUUCUACAAAAUUGCAUGUAACUUUAUAAAUAUUUUUAAAAGAUAUAGUUUUGUAAAUAUUUAAUAUUCUAAUUUGAUUUUGAAUUGUAAAUGUCAAGUAUUCCGUUUUUGGGGUUUUUAUGUUUUAUUAUACUUUGUUAAAAAGGAAAAAUUGUACAUUUUUAGAAUGUUUUUAUGAGUAAAUUUAAUGUACUGAAAAUAAAAAAUUUAAGGAA